AUGGUGGGGAAGAUAUGGCUGGUGCUGUGGAUGCUCUGUGGAGUAUGGGUGACUGACAGCUCCAUCCUUGUGAAAACCCCGACGGAAACGAUUCUGGGUACUGAGGGAAAGAGCAUUGUCCUUCCGUGUAAUUACAGCACUACUGCCUCCAGCCUAAGAGGAUUGAUCCAGUGGAACAAACUCCUCAAGAGUCAUACGGAAAGCGUGUUCACGCAGUUCUUGGGAACAAAUGAAACCACCUUUGGUGAACGUUAUAUAAAUCGUGUCAAGCUGUCAGGCGACCCUCUACAGUCAGACGCUUCCAUCAUCAUUGACCGGCUGACCAUGGAAGACAACGGCACCUAUGACUGCUCAGUGACACUGUUAUCAGACAAGGGCGGCACGUCCCAGUCACGUCUCAACCUCAUGGUGUUGUACUCCCGGACCUCCGAGGACAUCACCAUAUACCUGAUUGUCGGGGGCAUCGUGGUGGGGGCCAUCGUCCUUAGCCUCAUCAUCUACUUCUGCCGGUGCCGGAACAAGAGUGGGAAUGAGAACGAGGGCAAGGGUGGCGCGAAGGGGAAGCUCAAGGUCCACUGGGGGUCUUCAGAUCAGAUGAGUGACACUUCCGGAGGGCAGUACGAGGAAGACAACUGUGAGACUGAAGCAGGCCAACUAUUUUGCGCACCCAAUCCGGACUGGGGAUCCCCUGACCAGUCAACCAGCUACGAUUGUGAUGAAUGA